GGCAAGACGCACUGCGAGGAACCGUCAAGAAGACAUUCAUUAAGUUUCACAGAGUCGUCUUAGAUACAUUCAAUAUCAUUGUACAUAACAUAAGCAAAUAAGCAUUAGACGAGUACAUGCUUAUAGAAACAUUUACAUAUGCAAGCAAAUAGAAAAGUAUAGGAAAGGCAACUGUAUUCAAAUCAACUGUUCUGGAAAGCCACGCAGAGAAAGCAGACUCCCAGAAGGAAGCAAUAUAAAGCACAUCGGAGAAGAGAGAGGAUACGUUUUAAUCUGAUCGACUACCUUUUUUAAAAAAAUGAACGUUGGGGAAGAGAAUCUGCUGAAAUCGAUCAGCAACGACACUUUGCUGGAUCUGACUCAGCGCUACGGGCAGUCAACGUUCGGCUACGGUGCUAGCCAUGGUGCUGGAAGUCCUGGACGCUAUCCCCUUACGCCGGCUGCUGAUUUCCUCAGUGGACAGACAGCGAAGUCGACUGAGAGCGGCGGGGAGCAGACCAGCGACGACGACGACGCUUUCGACCCUCUAGAUCCCAGGAAGAGAAGUUCGGGGUUCGACGACGACAAACAUUCGGGAUCCCUCGCCAAGAAGCCCAAAGAGCAGAGGUCGCUGCGCCUGAGCAUCAACGCACGGGAGCGCAGACGAAUGCACGACCUCAAUGACGCCUUAGACGGCCUGAGGUCCGUGAUCCCUUACGCUCACAGUCCCUCCGUGCGAAAACUAUCCAAAAUAGCGACUUUGCUGCUGGCGAAGAACUAUAUCCUCAUGCAGGCGCAAGCUCUGGAGGAAAUGCGAAGGCUGGUGGCUUAUUUGAACCAGGGACAAACCAUUACGUCGCCCAUUCCGACGGCACUGGCUCCAUUUGGACAAGCAGCUGUGUACCCUUUCUCGGGGACAGCUCUAGCCACCUGCGCCGAGAAAUGCACUUCUUACUCCGGAACACCUUCGAGUCUCUUCAAACACUGCAACGACAAGCCUUGACUCAGCCUCGUUCUUCACCU